AUGAAAAUGUUAAAACAUAAAAAUAUAGUACAAUUAUAUGAUGUAAUAAAAACUGAAAAUAAUUUGUAUAUGAUUGUGGAAUAUUGUAAUUAAGGAAAUUUGUAAAAAUAUAUUUACAAUAAUUCUUAAUUAAAAGAACAUGAUUUAUUUAAUAUUAUGUUUUAAAUUAUGGAAGGUUUUUAAUGUUUGCAUAAUAAUAAUAUAGUACAUAGAGAUUUAAAAUUAUUAAAUGUUCUUUUAAAUGACUAAUCUGUUAAAAUCGCAGAUUUUGGUUUUUCAAAAGUAAUCGAGACAGGUAUGGAAGAGCCUAUAUUAGUAUCUUUUGUAGGAACUCCUCUUUAUAUGUCCCCUUAAGUGCUUUAGUAAUAAAGUUAUUCAUCAAAAACAGAUAUAUGGUCAUUAGGAAUACUUUAUUAUGAAAUAUUAUAUAAAAGAACACCUUGGGAGGGUAAGAAUUAUUUUGAUUUAUUACAGAACAUAUUAAAUAGGCCACUUCAAUUUCCAGAUUAACCUUUUAUAUCUAAAAAUUAAUAAUAGAUAAUUACUAAAAUGUUAUAAAUAAAGGAAGAAGAUAGAAUAAAUUGGAUUGAUUUAUUUAAAUUUUUCGAAGAAUAAAAUAGAAAAUAUAUAAUAGAGUAAAUUUAAAGAGAUUUUUAGUUGGAAAAUAAUGAAAAUUUUAUGAAAUAAAUAGUUGGAUUUUUCGCUAAUAACACCAACGCAAUUUAAAAUUUAUAAAUUGUAAUUUAAAUGUAAUAAAUUAUUAAUAAAAAUAACGAAAGAAAAUAUUCAUUGUAGGAAGUUAAAUAAAUAAUAGAAAAUUAAUUAUAAAUUUAUUUCAAUUUUUCUUAAUAAUAAUUAUAAUUUAAUUAAAAUAUUUGA